AUGACUCAGCUGCCGGGAACUGCCCCUUCCGCGGCCGCCCGGGGAUCGCGGGGCCGGCGGGGGCUGCGCGGGGCGGUGGGUGGAGUGUCCUGUUCUGUAGCCAAGAUGUGGCUGUCAGUGUCCAUCCUCUGUGUCCUGGUGGCCUUUGCCAAUGCUCGCAGCAUUCCUUACUACCCGCCUCUCUCCGAUGACUUGGUCAACCACAUAAACAAGCUCAACACCACCUGGAAGGCAGGGCACAACUUCCACAGUGUUGACAUGAGCUAUGUGAAGAAGCUCUGUGGCACCUUCCUGGGUGGGCCCAAGCUUCCCGAAAGGGUAGAUUUUGCUGGAGACAUGGAGCUGCCCGAUAGCUUUGACUCACGGACACAGUGGCCAAACUGUCCCACCAUCAAUGAGAUAAGAGACCAGGGCUCUUGUGGCUCUUGCUGGGCUUUCGGUGCCGUAGAAGCGAUUUCAGACAGAAUCUGCGUCCACAGCAACGCCAAGAUGAGCGUGGAGGUCUCGGCAGAGGACUUGCUGUCGUGCUGCGGCUUCGAGUGCGGCAUGGGGUGCAAUGGUGGUUACCCCUCUGGUGCAUGGAGGUACUGGACAGAAAGGGGCCUCGUGUCUGGCGGUCUCUAUGACUCCCAUGUGGGCUGCCGUCCUUACUCCAUCCCACCCUGUGAGCACCACGUCAACGGGUCCCGGCCACCCUGCACUGGGGAGGGGGGAGAGACCCCCCGGUGCAGCCGGCACUGCGAGGCCGGCUACUCGCCCUCGUACAAGGAGGACAAGCACUACGGCAUCACAUCCUACGGUGUCCCUCGCAGUGAAAAGGAAAUCAUGGCUGAGAUCUACAAGAACGGCCCAGUGGAAGGAGCCUUUAUUGUCUAUGAGGACUUCCUGAUGUACAAGUCUGGGGUCUACCAGCACGUGUCGGGUGAGCAGGUUGGAGGCCACGCGAUCCGGGUGCUGGGCUGGGGGGAGGAGAACGGCACUCCGUACUGGCUGGCUGCCAACUCCUGGAACACCGACUGGGGGGACAACGGCUUCUUCAAAAUCCUCCGGGGAGAAGACCACUGCGGCAUCGAGUCCGAGAUCGUGGCUGGGAUCCCCAGGCCGGAGCAGUACUGGAAGAGGGUGUAACCAUGAUCAAAUCAGAAACAAUCCCAAGUCCCCGAUGCUUUUAACUGAUAGCGGUUGGGUGCAGAGCCCCUUCCUUCUAAGAGACUAUAGUUGAGGUUACUUUAUUAAAGCUUUUUAUCUUUUUGUUUUUUAAUUGUACAGUGGAGGUGCCCUCUGCAAGCCCUCUGCUACUGGUGGGUUGCAGCUCUGGGGCAUUCCCUGCUCAAAGGACUGCUGAAUUGCUGGCUGGCCUCUUGUGCGAUGGGAUUUGGUUAGGCCUGGACCCCUUCCAGGCCAGUCUGUUGCUAGGAAGCAGUAGCUUUGUGCUGGGAUGAGGGACUUGGUGGGGCAGUAGAGAUGGAACCUGUUGGGAAGCCGUGGGCCAGGUGUCAUUUGUUGCACCUCUUGGCUGGCUGGGUCUGGCUCUGAGCACCCAAAGCAAGCAGAGUAUAUCAGUGUGUGCCUUGAAUUGGCUAAACUUAGACCUAUUAAUGACAAAAUACUGACAAGCUUGAUGUGGGGCUGGCUCUGGCUGGAGCUGCUUUAAGGUUUCUCCUGCCUGCAACAAGUCCUUCAUGCAUCGCUUGCUCCGCUCCCUCCAUUCAGCUGCUUUUUAAACCACUUGUUCCUUAGGUGUGUAUUUGGGUGUUCUUUUCUGCUGUAGUCUGGGGUUUUUGAUCCUAGGGAAGGGUCUGGCUGGAACUCCAUGAGCCUUCAAGCAAAUGUCCUGCCAAGCAUCUAGGAGCACACUGAAAAGAGCAAACCACUUCUCCCCCAUAGCCGGGCAGCUUGGGUGGUGCUUUGGCAUGGGUGCUGCCUCCAAAAUUGCUGUGGUGCUUUGGGGCUGUGGGUGCUGAGCAGAGAUGAGGGAUGUUGCUGCAGGGAGCUCGUGCAGAUGCUUGGAGGUAUGUUGCUAAGUUGCACAGGACUGAAGCUUUUCUUCUUUAGAGCCACAGGUGUUAAGGAAGAAGAACCUUAUUUUUGUUACUGGGGGAGAUGUAAUAGCUGUGUAGGAGGAAUCGUGAUUUGCCAACACUAAUAUAGUGAAAGAGCUUUUUUUUAAAAAAAAUAAAAUAAAAUUGUAUAGCACAAACUGUGUUGCUGAGCUGAGGCUGCAGCCCUGAUGGUGUGAAACAGGUUCUCCCUUGCACUGUACCAUAGCCUUUUGUGUCCCCUUCCUCACACUGGUGAGACAGAGCUGUGAUGUGGCUGGAACAACUGUGCCAAUAAAUGACUUCUCCAAUA